AUGUCAAAUCCAGGACUACAAGUGUAUGGUGGGGAUGAGAUUACUGCAGUGGUUAUCGAUCCAGGUUCUUUCACUACCAACAUUGGUUAUUCCGGUUCAGAUUGCCCGCAGGCAAUACUGCCAUCAUACUAUGGCUUGAAGGACCCAGAAGAAGAAGAUCAAAGUAAGAAAAGGAUAUUUUCUGAACAAUCUCUCUGUAUACCUAGGCCAGAUUAUGAAAUAAAACCUAUUGUCGAAAACAGCAUUGUGGUAGAUUGGGAUGCUGCUGAAGAACAAUGGUCAUGGGCGUUGAAAAGCUUGCUAUAUCUGGAAUCGAAUUCUGGUAUUCCUGCCUUGCUCACAGAACCUAUUUGGAAUACUUUAGAGAAUAAGGCUAAGUCACUUGAAAUGCUUUUGGAAUCCUUGCAGUUCGAAGCGUGCUAUAUUUCCUCCACUCCAACUUGCGUUUCGUUUGCAUCUGGAAGACCCAAUUGCCUUGUCGUGGAUGUGGGUCACGAUAGCACGAGCGUGAGUCCAGUAGUCGAUGGGAUGACCUUAUCGAAGAGCACCAUGAGGAACUUCCUAGCCGGUAAAUUCAUCAAUGAGUUGAUAAAGAAGCCACUGAAGGGAAAGGAUUUAGUACCUUUGUUCGAAAUAGCUCAGAGGAAACCCACAUUCAAGAAAAGAUCGUUCGAUUUCAAGGUACACUCUUCAUUAUAUGAUUAUGCCAAUAGCCGAGGAUUUUUACAAGAAUGCAAGGAAACUCUUUGCCAGGUGGCACCAGAUCCGUUACCGCAGAUGAAAUCCCAGCUGGAAUCGAUGUCCAAGAGAUCCAUCGAGGCGCCAUGGACAGAAGAGUUAGUUUUUGACAACGAGACACGUUUUGGCUUUGCCGAGCCGUUAUUCACACCGCAUGAAGAAGAUCUACCAGAAGACUGGCCAACCUCUCCGAACGGGAUCGUAGAAACAUGGCAUAAUGACUACGUACCACUGAAGAGGAACAAGCCUAAUGGCAAGCCGGAUAAGCCAUCUGCUGAAGAGGGAGCACCUGUGGAGGACGCGUCCUCAACAGCAGAGACCACAAACGAGAACGGAAAAAGACCUAUCGAGACAGAUUCACCUAAAAUUGCUAUUCCAGGUGUUGCUGAUCUUGUGAAUGAGUCUAUCAUGGCCACUGAUGUCGAUUUACGUGCCAGUUUGGCGCAUAAUAUAGUUCUAACAGGAGGGACUUCCUCAAUCCCCGGCUUCAGCGAUAGGCUCAUGUCUGAGCUGAAUAAAAGGCUUCCAGCUCUCAAGUUUAGAAUACUGUCAACUGGUCAUUUACGUGAAAGGCAGUAUCAAGCAUGGCUAGGCGGCAGCAUACUGACUAGCUUGGGAAGUUUCCAUCAACUUUGGGUUGGAAAACAAGAAUACGAGGAAGUAGGUCCAGAAAGACUCUUGAGUGAUAGAUUCAGAUAA